UCCCCUGGCCGAGCACUUUUUUUUGGAAGUCCUAGGACUGAUCUCCAGGACCGGCAUUCUUCUCCCAGCCCCUAGGGCCCCGCUCAGCCAAAGCACCCAGACCUUCCCUGCCAUGCAACCUGUCAGUGUCUGGCAGUGGAGCCUGUGGGGGCUGUUGCUGUGCCUGCUGUGCAGCUCGUGCCUGGGAUCUCCGUCCCCAUCCACGGCCCCUGAGAAGAGGGCUGAAAGCCAGGGGCUGAGGUUCCGGCUGGCCGGCUUCCCCAGGAAGCCCUUCGAGGGCCGUGUGGAGAUAGAGCGAGCUGGGGAAUGGGGCACCAUCUGCGAUGACGACUUCACGCUGCAGGCUGCCCACGUCCUCUGCCGGGAGCUGGGCUUCACAGAGGCCACAGGUUGGACCCACAGUGCCAAAUAUGGUCCUGGAACAGGCCGCAUCUGGCUGGACAACCUGAGCUGCAGUGGGACUGAAAAGAGUGUGACUGAAUGUGCCUCACGGGGCUGGGGGAACAGUGACUGUACCCACGAUGAGGAUGCCGGGGUCAUCUGCAAGGACCAGCGCCUCCCCGGCUUCUCGGAUUUCAAUGUCAUCGAGGUAGAGCAUAACCUGCAAGUGGAGGAGGUGCGACUCCGAGCAGCCGUCGGGCGGGGCAGGCGGCCGCUGCCCGUGACUGAGGGACUGGUGGAAGUCCGGCUUCCCGACGGCUGGUCGCAAGUGUGCGACAAAGGCUGGAGCGCCCACAACAGCCACGUGGUCUGCGGGAUGCUAGGCUUCCCUAGCGAAAAGAGGGUCAACACGGCCUUCUACAGAAAGUUGAGGAAGCGAGCGGCCAAAGCCUCGGCCCGACGCCCCAAGCCCCUUGGAAGACCAAUCACCAAGCUUAAAUUCAAACCCAAACCCCAAGUGGGCAGGGGGCCAGUCAAGAGGCUGCUGGCCCAGCGGCAGCAACACUCCUUUGGUCUGCAUGGGGUGGCGUGCGUGGGCACGGAGGCCCACCUCUCCCUCUGCUCCUUGGAGUUCUAUCGUGCCAAUGAUACCGCCAGGUGCCCUGGGGGGGCCCCUGCGGUGGUGAGCUGUGUGCCAGGCCCUCUCUACGCAGCAUCCAGUGGCCAGAAGAAGCAACAACAACCGAAGCCUCAGGGGGAGGCCCGAGUGCGUCUAAAGGGUGGGUCCCACCCUGGAGAGGGCCGGGUGGAAGUCCUGAAGGCUGGCACAUGGGGCACAGUCUGUGAUCGCAAGUGGGACCUGCUGGCAGCCAGCGUGGUGUGUCGGGAACUGGGCUUCGGAAGUGCUCGAGAGGCUCUGAGUGGUGCCCGCAUGGGGCAGGGCAUGGGUGCCAUACACUUGAGUGAAGUUCGAUGCUCUGGACAGGAACCCUCUCUCUGGAAGUGCCCCCACAAGAACAUCACAGCUGAGGACUGUUCCCAUAGCCAAGACGCUGGAGUCCGAUGCAACCUGCCAUACACUGGGGUAGACACCAAGAUCCGACUCAGUGGGGGCCGCAGCCGACAUGAGGGGCGAGUCGAAGUACAAAUAGGGGGACCUGGUCCCCUUCGCUGGGGCCUCAUCUGUGGGGAUGACUGGGGGACACUGGAGGCCAUGGUGGCCUGUAGGCAACUUGGACUGGGCUAUGCCAACCAUGGCCUGCAGGAGACCUGGUACUGGGACUCAGGGAAUGUAACAGAAGUGGUGAUGAGUGGAGUGCGCUGCACAGGGACUGAGCUGUCCCUGGACCAGUGUGCUCAUCACAGCACCCACAUUGCCUGCAAGAGGACAGGAACCCACUUCACUGCUGGAGUCAUCUGCUCUGAGACUGCAUCUGAUCUGCUGCUGCACUCAGCACUGGUGCAAGAGACAGCCUACAUCGAAGACCGGCCCCUGCACAUGUUGUACUGUGCUGCGGAAGAGAACUGCCUGGCCCGCUCGGCCCGCUCAGCCAAUUGGCCUUAUGGCCACCGGCGUCUGCUCCGAUUCUCCUCCCAGAUCCACAACCUGGGACGAGCUGACUUCAGACCCAAGGCUGGGCGCCACUCUUGGGUGUGGCACGAGUGUCAUGGGCAUUACCACAGUAUGGACAUCUUCACUCACUAUGACAUCCUGACCCCCAAUGGCACCAAGGUGGCUGAGGGCCACAAAGCUAGUUUCUGUCUAGAAGACACCGAGUGUCAGGAAGAUGUCUCCAAGAGGUAUGAGUGUGCCAACUUUGGAGAGCAGGGCAUCACUGUGGGUUGCUGGGAUCUCUACCGGCAUGACAUCGACUGUCAGUGGAUCGACAUUACAGAUGUGAAGCCAGGAAACUACAUCCUGCAGGUGGUCAUCAACCCCAAUUUUGAAGUAGCAGAGAGUGACUUCACCAACAAUGCAAUGAAAUGUAACUGCAAAUAUGAUGGACAUCGCAUCUGGGUGCACAACUGCCACAUUGGUGAUGCCUUGAGUGAAGAAGCCAACAGGAAGUUUGAGCGCUACCCUGGCCAGACCAGCAACCAGAUCAUCUAAGGUGCUGCCACCCUCCUCUGCAAACCACCACUGGCCCCUCGUGGCAGGGGUGUGAGGCUGCCAUUACCUCAGGAGCUUACCAAGGAACCCCUGACAUCAGCAGGCCCACGUACUCAUCCAGCGUGCGCUGUGGAUGUAGAACUGUCAAGCAGAAGUUAUCGCCCUCCUUCCUAGGCCAGCUGUCUGAUCUGUGGCCAAGCAUGGGGAAUCUUUGCUCCCAGCUCCAGCACCAAGCUGAGCACGCCACCAAGAGCAGCACCUGAUUAACUGCCC